AUGGGAAAGCCCACACCUUUUGAGUAUGCUCAUGCCUUGCGUUUCGGAGUCAAAAUUAAGUCCAAGGAAGCCAAAGGCAGCGCGACCUGCUGGUGCCUGUUCUGCGUGCACGAUGGUCGCGACGAGGUCGAGGUUGGCCAGAACGGUCGCAAGUGCAAGAGGAAUGGCAUCACCAAGGUUUUCACCGCGCCGUUCUACCUGUUUAAGUGCCGUAGUCAUUUCGAGUCUCAGCACUCUAACUCGUGGGCGCUCUACAGGAGAUGUCAAACGCCAAAAAAAGCGUUGUUCUUUGCGAGCAAGAUAAAGCUGUCCAAUAAGCUGCAUCAUCUUAUCGAGCUCAAAGACGAUGCGCUGACUUACGACAUCAGCGCUUGCAUCUACAAAACCAUUGUCAGCGACCUAUUCUUUCGCAACACGAGGUACUUGCCGAUUCCGACGUAG